AUGAGAUCAUCAACUUUAAUUAAGAUAUCUAUUGCAACUCUGCUUGUUACAAUUCCAACUCUGACUCUUGCUUAGUCAUGCGAGGAUGACUGCAUUAAAUAUUAUGGUAUGGGACGUGAAUAAUGUGAAUAUUUGUGUGGAUCUCAACUAAUGUCUUUAUCAUUAGCCUAAGUCAACCUCACUGAGUAGGAAAGAGACUUUGUCAUUUAAUACAGAAAUCAAUCUAGACAAAUUAGAGAUCAAGUUGAAGAAAGAACUUAUGAACUCCUUGAAACUGUUUAUGAAGAACUUGACACACAAUCAGAGAUACUCAACAAUAAGAGACAAAAACUCCAACGUCAAACUGAACAAAAAGUGAACCAAACUGUGGAAAAGAUCAACCGUGAAAUCCCAUAUUUGCAAAAGUUUGUUGUCGCCACCGUUGAGAACACCACCGAUCAAGUUGUCGCCCAACUUCCCCAAGUUGAGUAGCAAGUUGUUGCCGAAGUAGACUAAGUCGUCAAAACAGUCUAGGAGAAGCUACCGUAAGUUCAAGAUCAAUUCGAAGCUAAGCUCGACCAGGUUGUCGACUAAGUUGUUGCCCAACUCCCACAAGCUGAGGCUCAAGCUGUCAAAGAAUUCAACCAAGCUAUCGCUUAAGUUAAAAAAGAACUUCCAAAGAUUCAAAAGAAACUCCUCAAAGCAAUAAACGAAACUUCAACCAAAAACCAAAAGAAAGCUGACAAAUACAAAGUUAAAGCUGAAAGACUCAUUGAGUAAUUGGAAGAAUUAACUGAUGACGUAUUUAGACAAGUCGACCUCGAAGAAAACAAAAUUGCUGAACAACUCGGACUUGAGGUUAUUGUGAGACCAGUUGAAGUUGAAGAGGAUAGAGAAGAUGAAUGGGCUUAACAAGUUCUUGUCGAUUCAGGCCUCAUUGAAGAGUCAGUUUCAGAAGAUAUGACUUUAAUGAUUACCCUUAUCCUAUCCACUGUUGCUGCCAUUGGAAUGAUCGCAUAUUUGAUAGUGAAAAGAAUUAAGAAUCAAGUUGAAAAAGCUCAACUCUAUAGACAAGACGACAUCGCUCAAGAUAGAAACGAGAAACUCGUUGACAUUGAGCAAUAUCUCCAAAAAGUUAUGACCUAUUGA